AUGGAAAUGGAAGACCAUCAUCACCAUCAUCAUCAUCAUGAACAUCAUCAACAUAACUAUGGUAGUAGUACUAGCAAUACUAUAACUGAUCUCACACAACUCAUCAACAUUGGACAAAGAUCAACAACAGCAACCACUCACUUUCCCACGGCGGAGCUCUUCCCUUCCGGCAACCACCCGAAUCUGGCAGUAACGGCUACACAACAACAAUAUGAGAUGAUGAUGUUUGGUCGUCAAGUAGCCGAUAUAUUGCCUCGGAGUCUUCAUGACUUUGUUUCAACAGAUUCUGCUACUGCGGUUGCUACUACCACUACAACCAGUGCUUCAACUCCUUCUCUUAGUGGUAAUUUAGAGGCUGAAACUACUGCUUGCAUUGGAGGAGGAGGAGGAGGAAGUAUCGUCGAUGCCUCCACCGGUAGAUGGCCGAGGCAAGAGACUCUUACUCUUCUUGAAAUCAGAUCUCGUCUUGAUCCUCAAUUCAAAGAAGCUACUCAAAAGGGCCCUCUUUGGGAUCAACUUUCUAGGAUAAUGUGUGAAGAGCAUGGAUAUCAAAGAAGUGGAAAAAAAUGCAGGGAGAAGUUUGAAAAUCUAUACAAAUACUACAAGAAAACAAAAGAAGGAAAAGCAGGAAGACAAGAUGGAAAACAUUACAGGUUCUUUCGUCAACUCGAAGCCUUAUAUGGCGAAAACAACAACCCUUCUUCAUCUUCACUCCCACAAAACAAUUUCGGAACCAACAACAAUCCGGAAAUGUUUCAAUCUCACAACAAAUAUUGUGAUAGUCUCAGCCUCACAAACUCCACUGAAUUCGACACGUCUUCAUCUGAUAACGAGAAUGACCAUAGCAUCGAGGGAGUCAAGGAAAACGAGGGCUCGAUGGAUAAGAGAAAAAAGAGGAUGAGUGGAAGAAGCUUUUGGAAGGUAAAGAUAAAAGACUUCAUUGAUUCACAGGUGAAGAAAUUGGUGGAGAAGCAAGAGGAAUGGUUGGAGAAGCUCACGAAAACACUGGAACAAAAGGAAAAGGAGAGAGUGUUGAGAGAAGAAGAAUGGAGGAAACAAGAGAAAGAGAGGUUGGAAAAAGAGCAUAAUUUUUGGGCUAAAGAAAGAGCAUGGAUUGAAGCUAGAGAUGCUGCUUUAAUGGAAGCUUUGCAGAAACUAAAAGGAAACGACGAAACAAUAAUAAAAACUCAAUCUUCUUCUCACGACGGACACAAAAAGAGAAAGGAAAACACAAGAGGUUGUUUCUACUUUGAUAAUAACAACAAUGUUGAAAGGUCUUGUUUAUAUAACAACAAUGGAGUUGGAGUUGGAGUAGGAGUUUCUUAUUGUGAUGAUCAAAGGGAAGUACAAACAAACGACGGUUCGAAUUCGAACAACGUUGUUGUUGCAGCUGAAAAUUGUUUUCCAUUUUUGAUGGGGGAGGGAGGAAAUUUGUGGGAUAAUUACAGCUUGAAGGUUAAUAAACCUAAUCAAAACCAGUGA